AUGUCGAACAAACAGGGCAAGAUGGCUGGUUACAUCAACUACCGCAUGAGGGUUACCUUGAACGAUGGCCGCCAGAUGACCGGACAGAUGCUUGCAUUUGACAAGCACAUGAACCUCGUCCUCGCCGAUACCGAAGAGUUCAGACGCGUCAAGAUCAGACAGAACAAGCCUGCCGCCCCUGGCGCUAGCUCCAGCUCCGGCCAAACGAUCGAGAAGGAGGAGAAGCGAACCCUCGGCCUGACGAUUGUCCGCGGCGCACACAUUGUCUCCCUGUCAGUGGAAUCAGAGCCGCCCGCGGACCCCAGUGCACGACUUGGAAAGAGCGCGCCUGGCGGAAUUUCGGCCGGUCUCACCGCUGGUCCUGGUGUUGCGCGACCCGCCGGCCGCGGCGCCGCCCCGGCUCCCCCAUCACUGGCCGGCCCUGCUGCUGGCGUUGGAGGUGGUGCUCCUCCCGGAUUCCCUGGUUUCCCUGGUGCCCCGCCCUUUGGUGGACGUGGUGCUCCUCCCCCGGGCUUCCCCGGUGCCUUCCCGCCCCCGGGCUUCCCUCAAAACGCCCCCUUCCCUCCUCCUGGUUUCAACCCCGGCCCUCCUGGCGGAGCCCCGGGCUUCAACCCUCCCCCGCGAAGAUAG